GGCCACGUGGAAAGGCCACUGCACGUCCCACCAGCCUCAGGCUGUGGCAGUUUGUGAAGCAGCAGCUGGGGAAGGUGUGUGUGCCCACCAGCCCUGCUCCUGCCCGAGCUGCAGCAGCCUGGGCUCAGCACAGGGUUUGCCUGCUGGUUUACACAACUUUCUGUGUCGUCUUGUACCAUUUAUGUCCCUGCUUGGUGGAAAUAUGGAAAUCUCAGAAACUGCUUCCUUCAGCCAGGUCACAGUGGGAUAAGGCAAUGGCAGAUUAGUGCAGGGACAGUCUGUGGCUACGGAGAGAGAUCUGCAGAAAGAUCUGGGUAACUGUAAGGCCUGCCUUGCACCUGACCUCAGCAUUGAUGCACUCUACAGCUGAGGUCUUCCAGGAUCUCUUUAAAUGGGCUUGCCCAGUUCUGCUGCAGUGGUGCUGCACACUGGGCUUUUUACCAGAGAAGAAUGGCAAAAAAUUGAGAUGGUAGAGAGCAGAUCUGGUGGGAUGUGCAUCCCUCUGAUGGUGUAAGUGCUUUUGGUUCUCAAAUCAACCUGCUUAGUGAGCAUGUUUCUACGUGCCUCAGUUUCCCCAUCUGCACAGGGCAGGUAGUAAUACUGAGGGUUAUUUGAGAUCUGUGAAUAAGGAGAUGUGAGCCUGUUAGGGAGGAACAGAUUUCUAAAGAGUGCCCUUGUCCAAGCAUAUUUGAAUGUUUUUUUACUAUUGUAUUUCUAAAUAGAUUUUAAAGAUUGAGUGGUGGGUGCAUAUGAGUAUCUGAUCAGCUCUUCCAACCUGGUAAGAGUCGAGUGAGUCAAAAAUUCCCUUUAACUUGUUUCUGGUAUGCUAAAAACACCUUCGUAUUGUCAUGUACUCCUACGACCCGUACAUCACUUACUAACCUUUCAUCAACCCAGCCUCUCCUUUGUGUGAUCACAUCCACGCGCGAGAAGCCCCCCAGGGUCACGCCAACAUGUGCCCCAGGCAGGGCUGGUACCGGAGCGGUCAGUGCGGGGGUCCGGGCCGCGGUUCGGGGAGCCUGGGCCUGCCUGCCUGGGGAGCCAACGCCCUCCCGGCCCAAACCCGCGCCGUGCUCUGCCCGGCACCCCUGCGGGUUCCCGGGAUGGCAGCGGCGGCGCCGGGGCACGCGGGCACGGAACGCCCCGUUACGGCCGCGGGGGCCGGGCCCGGCGGGGCCGGGAGGGGUGACCCGGGGCCACCGGCCACGCGCCCCGCCGGGCCCGCCCCCCGCGCCGCAGCCAAUGGGCGGGCGGGACCCGCGCCCCCGCCCACGUGCCCGCAACCGCCGCUAUAUAAGGCGGCCAUUUCAGCCACCCGCCCCCCGCAGCUGCUGCCGCCUCGCCCGCCGCCUCCCGCCAUGACCGAUGCGGCCGUGUCCUUUCUCAAGGAUUUCCUUGCCGGCGGAGUGGCAGCCGCCAUCUCCAAGACCGCCGUCGCCCCCAUCGAGAGGGUGAAGCUGCUGCUGCAGGUGCAGCACGCCAGCAAGCAGAUCUCCGCCGACAAGCACUACAAGGGCAUCAUCGACUGCGUGGUGCGCAUCCCGCGGGAGCAGGGCGUCCUGUCCUUCUGGCGCGGCAACCUGGCCAAUGUGAUCCGGUACUUCCCCACCCAGGCCCUCAACUUCGCCUUCAAGGAUAAGUACAAGCAGGUCUUCCUGGGCGGCGUGGACAAGCGAACCCAGUUCUGGCGGUACUUCGCUGGUAACCUGGCGUCCGGGGGUGCCGCUGGCGCUACCUCCCUCUGCUUCGUCUACCCCCUUGACUUUGCCCGAACCCGCCUGGCAGCGGACGUGGGUAAAGCUGGGGCUGACCGGGAGUUCCGCGGGCUCGGUGACUGCCUGGUCAAAAUCUUCCGAUCGGAUGGGCUCAAGGGCCUGUACCAGGGCUUCAAUGUCUCUGUCCAGGGCAUCAUCAUCUACAGAGCUGCCUACUUCGGCAUCUAUGACACCGCAAAGGGAAUGCUUCCAGACCCAAAGAACACCCACAUCAUUGUCAGCUGGAUGAUUGCUCAGACCGUCACUGCUGUUGCUGGUUUGGUCUCCUACCCUUUUGACACGGUUCGUCGUCGCAUGAUGAUGCAGUCUGGCCGUAAAGGAGAUGACAUAAUGUACACCGGCACUAUUGACUGCUGGCGGAAGAUUGCCCGGGAUGAGGGCUCCAAGGCGUUUUUCAAAGGUGCAUGGUCGAAUGUACUCCGAGGAAUGGGUGGUGCUUUUGUCUUAGUCCUGUAUGAUGAAAUCAAGAAGUACACAUAAGUUGUUUUCUGUUGUGAACUGGCAUGUUGUUAUAUGUAGUCUCUGACCGUUAAUGGACUUGUUUGAAAACUGUCUAGUUACUAAACAGUGGCAGCUGAUGUUUAUACAGGUUGGUGUGGGGCAGGGUUGAAUGCCUGCCCCGUCUUUAUCAAACUAUUCCCCCUGAUGGGACCACCAUGGUUUCUACUUGAGUCACUCCAGCUUAAAGAGUACAAAGAAAUAAAAAUUUGAAACCAA